UUGGUAUGAGGUAACAGUGGAAAUACUAGAGUAGUAAAGAACGCACGUUGCUUCUCAUUAUCGCUUGAUUAAGCCGCCUUCUUUGAUCAAUCAAGCCGGGGGCAACAGAAUGCCACAGCCAAAUUCACCAAAAAUCGCCGAUUGAAAGUGUUACGAAGCGAAUCGUGGUCCGUUUUCAUCUGUGUUCAGUUCUUGAUGCACAAAACAGUUACCAGUGAUAAAUCGUGAAAAUUGGAUCAGUGAGAUGAUGAAAACUUACUUUACUACACCCAGCGAUCAAAUAGCGAAGAAUUCUUGGGGGCAAAUAUUGCAAGAGUUGACGACAGACACCAAUUCAACAUUCGGAAUCAAACAAUCCACGCCAAAUCAGAAUACCGAAAUGAAAAAUGAGGAACCCUUCAACGUCAGCCAUCAGAAUCAGAAAUACGACAUUCACAAUUUCCUCAAGAAUCAUCCAGGUGGUCUCAACUACGUCAGGCCGUACAAAGAUAAAGAUAUUACCAAACGGAUGAAAGACACGCUACAUUCUAAAGCCGCCUAUUAUUUAUUAAGAGAGUACAAAGAAGAUGGGAGAGAUUUAACAAGUACAAGUGAUUCUAGUGAUUUAGAGAAUUUAGUAGACUGGGAUAAACCAAUGUUGAGCCAGGUAGCUGCGCUCGGGAACAAAUACAGCGAAUGGGUGGUACUGCCGGUCGACAGAAAACUGCGACUAUUUGACAAUCCCAUUCUAGAAAGUUUAACUAUCACCCCGUGGUACGUAGUUCCUAUAGUAUGGAUACCUAUUAUUACAUAUUUCAUUUAUAUGGGAUUCAACAAAUACGUCGAAAUCACCAAAGAUGAAUCACCAUCAGUGCCAUCAUUGAUACGCAUAGUAGGAGGCGUUGUAUUAUGGACAUUAUUAGAAUAUAGUUUACAUAGGUGGAUAUUUCACAUGAAAGUCUCAGGAAAUUCUAAGAUACUUAUUUACAUCCAUUUUGCCAUACAUGGUUUACAUCAUAAAGUGCCCUUCGAUCCUAGAAGACUAGUAUUUCCGCCAUUACCAGCAGCAUUGAUCGCAUAUGCAUUAUAUUGUUUGGUUGCUGUUAUAUUGCCUGAAGAAGGGCGGCUGUUAAUAUUGGCUGGGGGUUUAACAGGUUAUGUAAUUUAUGAUAUGAUUCACUUCUACUUGCAUUAUGGUGCACCAAAAGAAAACAGCUAUUUAUAUCAUCUGAAAAGAUACCACAAUCACCAUCACUUCGAGCAUCACGAUAAUGGUUAUGGAAUAAGCAGUGUACUUUGGGACAAAAUUUUCGGCACAACAAUAACCCUGAGGAAGUUACAAUUCGGAAUAAAAUGGUGAAGAGGAAACACAAUCAUAAUAAUGUCUCACAGUGUGAUUCUCAAUGUGUCUUUAUUUACAACGUACAUUUUGACGUACUCAAAUCUUCUAAACAGAAUAUAAAUUAUGUUGUUGAUGCUUUCAUUAUUUUUGUGAAACCUGAAUGUUUCUCUACGAAUUAUAGAGAUUUAUAUUUAUAAUGAUACAAUAAAUGAUAACAUUA